UGGAAUUUCGAAUGCCUGUGAUUGGAAUUCGAGACCUACCCUCACAUUCGAUUGCUUCAACCCCACCCCACCAAUUCUGAAGCAAAACAGGGAGGAGAGAGAGAGAGAGGGAGGAAACAGUUAAGCUUCUUCAUCUCUGAGUUGGAAUUCGCAGCAAUGGCUCCUGAUAAUGAAGUAGAGGUGACUACAUCACACCUUCAAUCGCCUCCUCGUCGAUCAGUCCAUCGUUGUCUUGGCGGUGGAGCAGUUGCGGAUGUGCUGCUAUGGAAGCGGAUGAAUCUAUCUGUGUUUGUGUUAAUGGGUGCCUCGGCGUUCUGGUUCCUUUUUGAAGUAGCCGGUUACAGUCUGUUAUCUCUUGUGGCAAACGUGCUCUUGCUUUUGGUUGCCAUUCUCUUCUUCUGGGCAAAGUCUGCCUCUCUUCUCAAUAGGCCUCUUCCACCGCUUCCUAAUCUCGAAAUUUCUGAAGAAAUGGUAGGGAAAGUCGCAGUUUCGGCAAGGUGUUGGAUCAACAGGUUGCUUGCCAUUGCACAUGACAUUGCCCUUGGAAGAGAUGUGAAACUCUUCUUGGAGGUUAUUUUUGGUUUGUGGGUUGUUUGCUACCUCAGCAGCCUCUGCAGUUUCGUUAUGCUUGUUUACAUUGGAGCUGUUAUUUCCUUCACUCUCCCUAUUUUGUAUGACAAGUAUCAAGACCAUGUUGAUGAGAAACUGAAUGCCACUCACAAAGUUCUCUCACAUCAAUAUAGAAUGAUCGAUGAGAAAUUUCUGAGCAAAAUUCCUGCUGUUUCCUGCUCAAAGGAAAAGAAGACUUAAUUUUGUAGUUCCUGCGCUAGUUUUGGAUGUAAAGUUCUUUCGAAUUUUUUAAGGUAUAAAGUUCAUGCAGACUUCUUUGCUCUUGGAGUGUCGGAAUUCAGAAUUUUCAAGUACAAUCAUCUAAUCUGAUGAAUGGUCUACGAUUAUGAAAUUUUGAAUCACAAUAGUGUUCAUUUGAGAA